AUGUGGCCCUUCUCCUCGCAGAAAGAGAGCUCCGCGCCUGCUGCUGCGCCUGCGCAGGAUUCCAGCGCAACGGAAUACCUGCGCAGCCACUCGUUUGAACAGCCGCAAGAGACUGCGCCCACCGAGGCGCCGACCGCUGCGAGUCUCUUGCACAACACGGCGCUGGACCCCGCCAAGCUGCACCCCCUCGCGCACAUCCGCGAGGACGAUCUCGAGUACCUGGACAUUGAGGACGACAGGCCCAACACUCUCGAGGGUGCGCGGACCGCGCUGCCGAGCCGCGGCUGGAGCGACGACCUGUGCUACGGCACCGGCACGACCUACCUCGGUGGCCUGACGGUCGGUAGCUUGAUGGGCCUGCGUGAGGGCCUUACGCGCCCGCUCGGCAUCGACUCGCCGACUUUCCGCCUGCGCAUGAAUGCGGUGCUGAACCAGGUCACCCGCCGCAGCACCUUUAUUGGCAACAGCGCGGGUGUGAUUGCCAUGACAUACAACCUCUUUGAUGCGUCCAUCGACGCCCUGCGUGGCAAGCACGACAUCUACGGCAGCAUGGCCUCGGGUGCGCUCAGCGGCGCGCUCUUCCGGUGCACCGCCGGCCCGCGUGCGAUGCUCGUCUCGAGCUCGAUCAUGGUCGGCAUCGCGGCCACAUGGACGGGCGCCAAGAAGGCGUUCCUCGAGUAA